ACGUCAUCUGCCGCAAAAUGCCAGGUAGGUCCAAAGUUCACCCAUCCAACAUGGCGGCGUAUCGGGUCGGAAAGUGUUUGGAGUUGCGAGACCUCAUAGACUUGGAGUCCGAGGGACACUUCUACCAACAAUACUUCCUCCUGAGCUCCGUCCUCAAGCAGAUCAACCACCUGAGAGAGGAGGGGAGCUUCUGCGACGUGAUUUUGAGGAUCCGGAACCGAGAAUUUCGCGCGCACCGUCUGAUUUUGUCGGCGUAUAGUGACUAUUUUCGCUCGAUGUUCAGCAGUUUUUGGGCGGAGAGUGGUCAAGCAGUGGUCAACCUACAGGACGACUACGUCACCCCGGACGCUCUUGAGGCCGUUCUGAAGUUCAUGUACACCACAGAGGUGGAUAUCACGGCAGAAAACCUGUGUAGUAUCCUCCUAGCCGCUGACCAUCUCCAAGUCAAAACUUUGACGCAGAAAGUCGACCAGUACUUGCAGGAACGGUUCCAGAACGACCCUGGUGGAUUCGGUGUCGACGAAUACAUCGAGAUUUUGAUCUUGUCCGAGCGAUUCCAGCUGAAUGCCAGCUUUGACGCCGAGCAGCAUGCGGCACUCAAGUUCCUAGAACUGUCGAGGAAAGAAGACUUCUAUGAGCUGCUGACAGUUGAAGCCCUGGAGGCCAUCCUUGCGCUGGUAAACCCUCUGCACCCAUUCGCACAGCAGAUCAUGCGCAACAUGAGGGGCAGUGUGUGGGGGCCCGAGUGGGAGCCUGUCUCACAGACACAGGUUUUCCAGGUUCUUCUGAAGUGGAUUGACCAUGACAGGAAACAGCGUGUGGAACUGGCGGCGAGACUGCUCCACAAAAUCAACCUGGACUCUGUGGACCCACGGGACCUGCGCACGGCCAAGAAGAAACUCCAGGAGGUGCCAGAGUGUGUGUGCAUGCUGCACCAGGCUAUAGUGGAGGUGUAUGGUGAGGAGGCAGACUCCCCCCUCCCCAGUCUGGACCAACUGGACAUCUCUCUGUCCACUCUGGACAUGGCACAGUACUGUCCAGUGGCAGGGAAUCAGGUGUUGUUAGCCAUGGGAGGAUACAGCCCCAAUGCUCACUACUACGACCCUGUACAGAAGGACUGGUUCUCCCUGCCCAAGCUGCUGUACCCGUGGAAGACCUGCCUUACCGAGGUCGGCGACUGUCGCUGUAACCCUUCCCUCCUCUGCGUGGGAGAUUCCAUCUACGUGUUCGGGGGGGAGACCAGCAGUGGGCUGGGCGUGCAGGAGAACCUGCGGUACAACAUCUCCACCAACAGCUGGGACGAGAUCCCGCGAGUCGGCUACCACUUCCGCCCUGCGUGUGUCCUGCUGGGCGACUGUAUCUAUUUGAUCUCCUCGCAUCACAGCUUCAAGUUACACGUCCCGUCCCUUCUGUGGAGCGAGGUCUCGCACCAGCCGCACGAACUGAAGGACACCGCCGUCGCCGCGUACCGGGGGCGGAUCUACGUCAUCGGGGGGACGGAAGAGCCGCCCGACAGCGCCGUGCAGGACAGGGUUCAGGUGUAUGACCCGGAAACGGACACCUGGACGGACCAGGCGCCCACGCGGAGAAAGCACAGCCACGCCGCCGCGCUGGUCAUCAAUGAUCAACUGUACAUCGCGGGCGGGCUGACCCCUAGCGUAACGGACAACGGUGAGAUGAUGAACUCGCAGAACGUGGAAGUGUACGAUGAACAGUUGCUGGAUUGGACGCUCGUCCCGCAGCCAAACGUGGCGGCAAACAACCUGGGAGCCUUCCAGAUCGGACAGAGACUCUACUUCAUGUUGGGUCGGGAGUGUUUCGACACGGGGGUAGACAUUCCGGAAGACGAGGCGUACGCCCUCGACGCGUGGACUGACGUCAAGUCGUUUGAGUUCGGUGCCUCGGUGGUGUGCUGCAAUGUGGAUGUGGACGUCCUCAUGUGAUAUACCAACCAUUUUCUCGUCCAGAGAAAAUAUAGACAGAAUCAAUCAGAGAUGGCAACAUGGUGAUAUUUUUGUACCAGUAGCAAUGCUUGGCACACCAAGUGUGGCAGAGUCGUUGAGUUUCCAAAUCGAAGCUACUGCAUGGUCACCCUGUGGUUGGAUAACGCAUUGCAAAGCAUGUCGGUUGUCAUGUAUUGGGCCAGGAAAUCCUACCUGCAUAUGCAGGUUAGUGCAGGUAAAAGUGGAGCCGUGCAGGAAUUUCUGAUGUCUACCUGCACCAGUCCAAAAUCCAUCCUGAAAUGCAGAUCACAUAGGAUAUAAGUUGGCCUCAAGUCCACAUUUUUCUGUGGCCUAAAAAGUACAAAAUGUUGUUGUUACAAAACGUACCUGCACCAGUGCAGGUAUCUAGAAAAACGGAUGUCAUGUACCUGUACAUGUGUAUUUGUAAAGUAAAGCCCUGAUCACAAUCCGCCAUACAUGCUUUUUGUCCGUAUGUUUUUUGG